AUGGCCACUCUUGUCCCUCCCACUUUCGAUGAUUACUACGACCUAUCGUCUGAGGAGGAAGCGCUUCUCACUGAUCUCGCUUCCAAGAUUGUCCCAGCUCCCGCACCCGCACCCGCACCCGCUCGAGAGUCCUCGACAACAACUAGCACCAUAUCUAAAGGCGACACCUCGGCGGGUUCCGUGAUAGCUGGUAAUCAUGUCACGCAGCGCUAUGGGCCGACCAAUGCAUCUGCGGCUAACACAGCUCCGGCGGCCGUUGGGUAUCUGCCGACACCGUCUUCCGCUCCCCAACCAGGUUCCCAGACCCAGACAGAAAGCGUCGUAUACCCGGAUUUGAGCCGCGCUCUGUCUGCAUUGCCACCCGAAACGACGGAGAAGACCGCGGAGGUCGAGAAGAGCGAAGAUUCGGAUGUUGAAGAGAUCGAUGCCUCAUCGUUCUUCAAGGAUGAGCGCUCGCCGCUUGUGCGAUUCCGUACGUUUCCGAAAAAGCCAUUCUCGGUCACGGAUUUGACAUCAGGCGGAGCAUGGUGUGAAUUGCAAUACUAUUAUACCCUUACGAGACUGCCAUAUGGGAGGAAGACCAAGACGGCCAUCAUGAGGGAGGGGUCUAAGGUGCAUAAGAAACUCGAGGAUCAGGUGCACACGACUGUCCGAGUUGACGUCGAUACCAAAGAAGAUCUGUUUGGUCUCAAAUUGUGGAAUUUCAUCCAAGGCCUCAGGACACUGAGGGACACUGGACUUACCAGAGAGUUGGAAGUUUGGGGAAUGGUCGACGGCCAUCUUUGCACAGGAAUAGUCGACAGCCUCAGCUACACCUGCCCCGACGCCGAUUUCGAAGAAGAAGUUCUUUCUAGUAGCCAAGAGGCACGUGGUGGAAAGAGCGACAGCAAUCCUUCACUCUUAGUUUAUCUCUGUGAUGUAAAGACCAGAGGAAAGCCAUGGCCGCCGAAGGGAGCGGCACUUUUGCGACCGACGAAGAUUCAGCUUUUCCUCUACCACCGUUUCCUGUCAGAAAUGAUCAAAGGAAACCUCGACUUUUUCCGAGUUUUUCGACGUCUCGAUAUAGACCCAGAUGAACCCUUCUCGGAUGAAUUCAUCGCGCAGGUGGGCGAUCUACACGACGAAGUGUUUUACGAUGCAGAUGCCAAGAGCUCGCAGGAGAAGGACGGUGAUAUCACGUCCGAUUUCGUCAAAUAUCGCACCCUUCGCGAGCUCCUUCCUUUAAUAAAGGAGGAGCUCCAACUUACCUUCCCCAACGGCGUCAACUCCCUCGGGAAACUUCUCUCUGUAGACUACCGCUUCAGGGAUGAUGGCAGCAUUAUAGGGAGCUACACAUUCCCUAUGGAUGAUGGGGCGCUCAAUCUUCAGAUUGCGUCGGAUAUGCAGUGGUGGAAGGGCGAAAGGGGGCCACGCGGAGUUGACAUCGAAGACGGGUUCAAGUGCCAGAGGUGCGAAUUUUCAGACGACUGUUCGUGGAGGACGAAGAUGGAUAAUAAAAGGGUCAGGAAGGCAAAGGAGAAGAUUAAGAAUGGUGGAGGGGGAAACUUUGAGCUCGGCUCUCUGGAAGCUGAGGCGCAGCUGAGCUCAUCAAUUGAUAAUCUCCCGGCUUGGCGAGCGCUGGCCUCGGAGCACGACAGUGACGACACUCAGCCCCGCGAGCUGAGGAAAUUUCGUUUGACACAAUAUCUCCGCGAGAUCGGCGAGGAUUGA